AUGAGUCUCGGCGACGAGGAGGGGCAAACAAUCAUAUUCACGAGGUGUGUCAUACAACAACAGGAGUAACCUAAACCCAAUUCCACUUGCAUUCCCUCAUUCACUUGAGAAUGAGCGCCAAAAAACAUAUUUUCGUAAAGAUGGAUUUCCGGCGAACAAAUGUCCAUGACACAUGCUGCCACUUGAUGCGGCAACAUCUGGGAACAACACGGACACAGGGAGUACCCCCGUACCCAUACGCACAACCUCUCAUUCCUCCCUUGUCAAACACAAAUGAUGUACCAUGCAUGAAAUGAUGAACUCUGUCUAUAUUUACAAGUAUGGUCCACGCUGCCUACAAAUGGGAGAGGUAGCCAUACCUCAUGUCUACACACGGACGAGAGAGGUGAAUACACCCACUGCAUUUAACACACACCCACAUGUCGGUUAUGAAACCUCAUCAACCACACGCCUCUAUCGGCGACCACGUCAUCAGGAGGCAAUGAUGAGAAAUGUUCUCCCGUGCCCUUCUCACAUUUAACGACAUGAAAUUCCACAACAUAACAUAUAUGAGACACACAAGACAGCUACCAAACUGAUCUUUUGAGCCUGUCACCCGAGAGUUGUCCCUAUAUGCUGUCUAGGAAAUCGUAGACAUACAGGUAGUUUUCUCUGACCCUAUGAUUCCAUU